AUGGCGCCAGUUUCCUCGAAAGUUAGCAGGUAUCCUUGCACGGUUGGACAGAGAGAGACUGAAGCCAUGGCGUCCGCCAGUACAGGGAGCAGAGUGUCCUGCGGGAGAGAUUUGAAUUGUGUGCCAGAGAUUGCUGACACUUUAGCCGCAGUUGCUAAACUCGGGUUUGACUUCCUGUGCAUGCCGCUGUUCCACCCGAGGUUCAGGAGAGAAUCUGAGUUGGAUCCCGCUAAAAGCAGAUUGGGGGCCCAGACCCGUUCAGAUCUGCUGCUUUGUGGAAGAGACUGGAAUACUCUGGUUGUCGGGAAGCUCUCUCAGUGGAUCGAUGCAGAUUCAGAAAUCGAGACGAAUCGCAGGAAUUCAGAAGCUGCUCUGGCACAGGAGCUGAACUUUUCAGCCUACCUGGGGCUCCCUGUCUUCAUGAUCCCUCUAAAGGGUCCCAAUAAUGCCAAUCUAGCUCGAAUGCUGCUGAACCACAUCCACACUGGACACCACACCUCGAACUUCUGGAUAAGAGUCCCGUUGUUGGCACCGGAAGACACGCGGGAGGAUCUGAUUGAGAACGAACCCUCACCCUGUGUUGAUGAGACGAGUGUGGAUGAGAAAACCUGGAUCUGGUGGCACUCAUUCAGGACUCUGUGCGAUUACAACAAGAGGGUCUGUCUUGCUAUUGAAGUUGGAGCAGACAUGCCUUCAGACGCUGUGAUCGAUAAGUGGCUCGGAGAGCCGAUCAAAGCAGCAGUACUUCCAACAAGCAUCUUCCUAACUAAUAAGAAAGGAUUUCCUGUUUUGUCGAAAGCUCAUCAGAGGAUAAUCUUCCGGCUUUUUAAGCUAGAGGCUCAGUUCAUCUUCACGGGCACCAGUCGGCACACUGAGAAGGACUUCAGGUCCUACCUGCAAUACCUGGAAUACCUCAACCAGAACAGGCCUGCGCCUAACGCCUAUGAGCUCUUUGCCAAAGGAUAUGAAGACUACCUGCAGUCACCUCUCCAGCCCCUCAUGGACAACCUGGAGUCUCAGACCUAUGAAGUGUUCGAGAAGGAUCCCAUUAAAUAUUCUCAGUACCAACAGGCUGUGUAUAAAUGUCUGUUGGACAGAGUACCAGAGGAGCAGAAAGACACUAAUGUUCAGGUGUUGAUGGUGUUGGGGGCAGGAAGGGGUCCCCUGGUUAAUGCAUCGCUGCGAGCUGCCAGACAGGCUGACCGAAAGCUGAGAGUAUAUGCUGUUGAGAAAAACCCCAACGCUGUCAUAACGUUAGAGAACUGGCGCUUUGAGGAGUGGGGUGAGCAGGUGACCGUGGUGUCGUGUGACAUGCGGGAAUGGGAAGCACCAGAGAAAGCUGAUAUCAUCGUCAGCGAGCUACUCGGAUCAUUUGGGGACAACGAGCUCUCCCCAGAGUGCUUGGACGGAGCGCAGCACUUCCUCAAAGAUGAUGGAGUCAGCAUCCCCUGUUCCUACACGUCUUACCUGGCUCCUCUGUCUUCCUCCAAGCUAUACAACGAAGUUCGCGGGUGCCGGGAACGUGACAAGGACCCAGAGUGCCAUUUUGAGACACCAUAUGUUGUUCGACUCCAUAACUUUCACCAGCUGGCUGAGCCUAAACCCUGCUUCACUUUUACACACCCCACAAAAGACAUGAAUAAUAACCGUUACCAGUGUCUUCGGUUCUCUGUGGAUUGUAACUCUGUGCUCCAUGGCUUUGCUGGCUACUUUGAGACCACUCUCUACAAAGAUGUCACACUUAGUAUAAAACCAGACACGCAUUCACCUGGAAUGUUCUCCUGGUUUCCCAUUCUGUUCCCACUCAAACAACCCAUCUCCAUAUCCCGGGACGAUGACGUCACUGUUCGAUUCUGGCGCUUGAACAACGGGAAGAAGGUUUGGUAUGAAUGGGCUGUGACGGAGCCCUCCUGCUCUGCCAUCCACAACCCAGCUGGCCGCUCCUAUACCAUCGGGCUGUAAACAUCAAGAAUCCUCAGACCUGUUAGACAUUUACUUCUGUUUUUUUAGUUGGACUCUGUGGUUAUUUGCACCUUCUUUUUAUAUAC